AUGGUCAAUUGCUAUGCAGUAGCGACGGUGAUAGUGUCCUCAGAGCCUAACGCGACCUACGCGCUGGUAAAUGACCCUCAACAUGUGGUUUUCUUACAGCACAAAUGUCGCAUUUAUGGCUCGUCUGAAGUCUCCAUUGCUACUGCAUCUACAGCACCUACACGAUUGCGUUUAGCACUCGAAGAGAUGGCGGUCGGAGUCGCGAAAGGGUUUCUUCGUCUAGAAGCAGCAGUAAAUUGUGAUGAUAGUACAACGAUAUGUGACAAAGAAGGACAAGCACUAGUGAAACAAAUGACACAGGAGCUAGCAGGCGAUAUGACGCGCAGGGGACCUUGGAGAUUAUCACUGCGACGCCACAUUCGCCUGCGCGUCUACAGGGACCUGUGGGAGCGAGGUUACGUUGUGACCUUUGGCUCCAAAUUUGGCGCCGAUUUUCUCAUCUACAAAGACAAUCCCGAACGUGCUCAUGCUGAGGCUAUAAUCAUAGUAAAAGAUUACGAAGAGGAAUUUGCACGCGUCGACAUUGUGAGCUUCUGUCGUCUGGCCAAAAUGGUGAAGAAACAGUUUUUAUUUGCGAGUGUCCAAGCUAUUGAAGGAAACGAGAGCAACGACGAGCAGAAGGAUGGUAACAAAGUAGCUAUGAAAAGUGUUGUGUACAUUUCCUUAACGCACGCACUACUAGUAUCACGUCAAGAAGAAAGAGAUUCGGCAUGA